CGACGUCAACGACGCGCUCACUGCGCAUGUCAGCCAACCUGUCUGUGUUUACCAAGCUGAAGUACGUUUCAUUUUGGUGGUUCCUAACAGCUUCAUUCAAUUUGUCAGAAACGGCGGCGCUGGCAGCAGAAUGGCAGCGGCGGCCCCCAACCCGGAGGACUCCUCCAGGAGCAGCGGGAGCGGCGGCGCCGGCACACCCAGCGCGCUUGCCGGAGACGGGGACGCGGAAGAGGCCGAGGACUUCACCUCCUCCUCCCACUGCUCGGAGCUGUCUCGGCGGCAGAACGAGCAGAGGAAGCAGGGCUUGUUCUGCGACGUGACGCUGGCCUUUAGCAGCGGGGCGGCUACCGGGAGCGUCCAGAGCUGCGAGUUCUCAGCCCACAGGUCCGUCUUGGCCGCGGCCACCGACUAUUUUACCCCGCUGCUGGGAGGGCAGUUCUCCGAGUCCUUGUCCGGGCGUGUGGAGAUGAAGGAGUGGAGCUCGGAGCUGGGGCCCGACCCGGAGACGGUGGAGAGUGUCAUCCAGUACAUGUACACUGGAGAAAUACGUGUUAGCACCUGCAAUGUUCACGAGGUCCUGGAGCUGGCUGAUAGGUUCCUCCUGCUGCAGCUGAAAGAUUUCUGCGGCGAGUUCCUGAAGAAGAAGCUGAGCCUGACCAACUGUGUGGCGGUGCACAGCCUGGCUCACAUGUACACCCUGGACCAGCUGGCUCUGCGGGCUGCAGACAUGAUCCGCCGCAACUUCCACAAGGUUAUCCAGGAUGAGGAGUUCUACACGCUCCCCUUCCACCUGGUCCGCGACUGGCUGUCGGACGCGGAGAUCACGGUGGAUUCGGAGGAGGUGUUGUUCGAGGCCGUGGUGAAGUGGGUGCAGAAGAACCCGGAGGAGCGGAGCCGCUACUUCGAGGAGCUGUUUCGACUCCUGAGGCUGCCCCAGAUCAAGCCCACCUACCUGACCAGGGUGGUGAAAAACGAGCAGCUGGUGGCGGCCAACGACACCUGUCUCCGGCUGGUGUCGGAGGCGGUGGAAGGCCACGCCAUUCGCUUUGAAAACCUCAAGUCCACCGACAUGGAGCUCUGGUCUUCCCACAUGGCCUCCUUUCAGCCUCGCUUCGGCCAGAACAUGGACGUUAUCAUGGUAGUAGGCGGAGUGUCCGAGGGGGGAGACUACCUGAGCGAGUGCGUGGGCUACUUCAUUUACGAGGACCGCUGGGUCAACCUGCCACACAUCCACAACCACCUGGACGGCCACGCCAUCGCCGCAACGGAGUCCCACGUCUACGUGGCCGGUUCCAUGGAGCCGGGCUUUGCUAAGACGGUGGAGCGUUACAACCCCAAUCGCAACACCUGGGAGCAGGUGAGCAACUUGACCACGCGCAAGCACUCCUUCGGCCUCACCUGCAUCAAGGAUAUCUUAUACAGCAUCGGCGGCCAUGGCAACUUCAGCCCGGGCUUCAAAGACGUCAGCGUGUACGAGCCCGAGCAGGACAAGUGGCACAAUCUGGAAUCGGCCCCCAAGAUCCUGCGAGACGUCAAGGCAGUGAGCGUGGAGGACCGCUUUGUGUAUGUCACGGCACGCACGCCUGUCGACACGGAUAACGACGACGGACUGAAGACGGUGACCACUCGCUACGACACGGAUAGCCGCCAGUGGCAGGAUGUCGACUCCCUGCCCCUCAUUGACAACUACUGCAUCUUCCAGAUGGCUGUGGCCUCCACUAAUUUCUACCACACGGCCUCCUGCUGCCCCAAGAGCUACACGGUCAGGGAUGAGGUGGCCAGGCAGAAGAUCAGCGUGCGCAUUUCUGACGAGAUCCUGGAGAGCCUGCCGCCGGAGGUAACCAGCAUCGAGGGCGCCGCUAUCUGCCACUUCGACGAGGACGUCUUCAUCAUCGGAGGCUGGAAGAACAGCGACGACGUGGACAAGCAGUACCGCAAGGAGGCCUACCGCUACUGCGCCGAGAGGAAGCGCUGGAUGCUGCUGCCGCCCAUGCCUCAGCCCCGCUGUCGAGCCACAGCCUGCCACGUGCGCAUCCCCUACCGCUUUCUGUAUGGCUGCCAGCGGUACCCCAUGCCCCAGAACCUGGCCCGCCAGCGAGACCGCAUGCAGCAGAUGCAGCAGCUCCACCGGCGCACCCUCACCCUGCGUCGGCAGCUCCAGUCGCAGAUAGAGUGUUGAACAGGCCCCGAAUUCUACUCCGUUCAUGCAGCUCAGUCCGAAGGUUUACUUCAAAACCACCAUUCCACUCCAGUCGUCGGUGACCCCCAUUCAUGCAUAACGCACUGUAACGAGUCUGGCGUGGCUCUCUUUCUGGAAUUCAUUCAUCUGAACUACGUGCCAUCAGCUGUCAUGCUGUGUUGUGUUAAUGGCUGAAUCGCGGAGAGCCCAUGAAAUGUGUGGGCAGGCGUGCACUAACCAGCUGGUGGUCUGUGAGGAGGGAUUAUGGCGAAUGUAAACAUGUGAAUAAGAGUGUUAUAUAGCAGCCAACAUUGAAUAUUCUUUAGUAAUUUAUGUUGGUAGAGAUACUGUUUAUCUGUUUGUAUAUAAAUAGUACAAAGCUGUAUAUGUAAACAUUUAUAUGGAUAUUUUACAUUCCUUCAUUGUAUGCCUGUACUGGGAAAUGUGACAAAAGUACUAACUGCAUUCCUACGUUCUUAAUGAAGUCUCCUUCCAUUGUAACACUGUGACAAUCUCCUCAUGCAAGUGUAACAUCAGUCCAGCGAACUAACUCUUAGAUCAUAACUGCAGUAGAAUGGCUCUGUUUAUCAUUGUACGGCCCCAACAACUAAAUAUGACUUGAUUUAGAGGCUGCUAAUCAUAAAAUCCCGUAGAAUAGGUCGCUUUUAGAUGACUGUUCGUCUCCAACAGUUGUACAGUAAUAUAUUUCUGUCGGUUUUACUUUCGUCAUUUGAAGCUAGUAAUGUUUCUGCAGGUUUCUCGAGAGGUGCUUUGAGAUACCUGUGAUAUCCCAAGAUAUGUGACGAAGUGUAACGAGUCAUUCCUUUGUGUUAACAAGCAUUAAACAUUCUAAUCUCCCACUGCAUUAAGCACCAAUCACUGGCAACUGCAGAAUCAUUCCUUUUGCACUGUUGCUCAGUGUAUUCCAAGCCAUUCCAGAAAGAUACAUAGUUAAUGUGCAUAUGUAUGAGUGCGAGAGUAUGAAUUGUGUUCCAGGUUUGGUUCUGCAAAGAAUAGCAAAAGCUCCUCUUAAACUGCACUUUGUAACAUCAAAUUGUUUGUAAAGUCUUAAAAAAGAAAAAAAGAAAAAGCGUAGAGAUUUCAGUUGCCACUGCACUUUGCUUGUUUUAUCUGGUUCAUAUCAGACAAAGUGAUUGUAUUUUGGAAAUGCUUUGUGUCAGCCAGCUUCCAGACAGUAAGAUUUGAUCUUUAAAAAAAAAAAAAAAAAGCGUAUUGUCAUUAAUGACAGACAGAUUAGUUUCUAAUAUUGAAUGCCCUGUGUUAUUUGUACCUCAUUUCCAGCUGGGUGUAUAUUGGAGAUCUGAUACUCUGUGUUGUUCUCUGGUCUUUGUUAACCCACCAAAGAGAUGUAGAAAUGGGAUGAGAAGGAAUCAGGCUUCUUGGCAAAACAGAAGGGAUCGUUAUAUGAAUGUGUUGUGACUGACAUUCAGAAAUUCCCACUGUCCAUGCAGUGCUUAUUACAGCAAAAAGGUUAGAGAACGCAGAAAUGAUAUUCAUUUCCACUUUAUGACCAACAUGAAUAGCACUGCAAAUAUUAACUGAAAUAAGCUAUGUAAUAUGCUUUGCAUGUGAUAGUUUGAUUUUGUGUCCUUAUAUUGGAUGUAAAAAAAAAAUGCUAAUGUCAUCACUUGCAAUUAAAGUUGUUUUGUAAGAGA